UCCAUCCACAUCCACUCUCUCUUCGCGUUUCUGUGUCCUUCUCCUACUUGAUUCUACAACGGUAGAACAAUAGAGUGGUAAGUACCACCGUCGUACUUUGCAGGGAGGGGAUGGGGCAGUGGAUCCCCUCCCAGUUGAUGCCCAAGUGGGCUGGACUGGUCAUGUUUUUGAGACUGAAAACGGAGCCAUGGCCUUGAUUGGCUGCGAUGCACGUCAACUGCAGCUUGACCUGGCAGUCAAGUGACGCUGCUGUGCUUUUAGUUGUGUUUUCUGUCUGUCUGUCUGUUCUUUCAUCAGCCCAUGGCCGAGUCUGUCUGUCUGUCUGUCUUGUUCAAAGGGGUCUUCGUUAUUACUGUCGACCUACUUACCUUACCUACUUACCCUACUUACCAUUUUUUUUUCUCGCACGGCCAUCGCAGUGGUUCUCAGAUUGCCGGGUGCGAUCAAGUAACUACCACAACUACUACUUAACUUACUUCCUACUAUACUUUCAUUGUAUUGUGUUACAUCUCCUGCUUACUACUUCUUACUAUUACUCCUUCCUACCUACUUUUUCUAUACUUCUUACCCAAUCCAGUCAAUUGAGACACCCUGUCUCGCUUUCAUUUAACUCCCCUUUGCUCUGCCGUCACAUCAACGUGCAGGAAAUAUGCUAAUAGCACCGUUGCCCUGCUACUACAUAUGACAAAACACCCUGUGUUGGUGUUCAAAAAAUAAUUAAUUCCCCCCCCCCCAAAAAUACAACAACAAAUAAAACAAUCCAAUUGUGCUCAAUGC